UGUGAUCAGGCAUUUAUUAGUUCAUCAAACCUUGAAGGACACAAGCGUAUUCAUACGGGGGAGACACCUUUUGCCUGUGACCAGUGUGAUAAAGCAUUCACAACAAAUAAUGGUCUCAAUCGGCAUAAACGUAUCCAUACAACAGAUAAACCAUUUGCAUGUAACCAGUGUGAUAAAUCAUUUAUAACUUCUUCUAAUCUUAAAGAACACAAACAAAUCCAUGCGGGAGAAAUACCUUUUGCCUGCAACCAGUUCCAAUUCAUCACUUCAUCUGAUCUUGCCGAACACAAACCUAUUCAUACAGGAGGAAGACCAUUCGCAUGUGACCAGUGUGAUAAAUCGUUUAUAACUUCAUCUAAUCUUGUGGAACACAAGCGUACUCAUACUGGAGAAAGGCCAUUUGCCUGCGUCGAGUGUGACAAAACAUUCACAACAAAUAGUUCUCUCAAUCGACAUAGACGUAUUCAUACGGGAGAGAAACCAUUUGCAUGUGACCAGUGUCCUAAAACAUUCUCAGCAAGUGGCAGUCUUGACCGACAUAUGCUUACUCAUACAGGAGAAAGACCAUUCACCUGUGACCAGUGUGAUAAAUCAUUCACCACUUCAUUUAAUCUUGCGCAACACAAACAUCUUCAUACCGGUGAAAGACCGUAUGCUUGUGACCAGUGUGAUAAUCAUUUCGCCAAGCUUAAUAACCUGAAGGCGCAUAAACUUGUUCAUACAGGAGAGCGACCGUAUGCCUGUGAUCAGUGUGAUAAAACAUUCAAACGCAGUAAUGAUGUGAAUCAGCACAAGCGAUUCAUUCAUCUAGGAGAAAAACAAUUUGCCUGUGACCAGUGUGACAAAACGUUCAAGAGAUGCGGAGAACUUACCCGGCACAGACUGAUUCAUUCGGGAGAAAAACAAUUUGCCUGUGACCAGUGCGAUAAGACAUUCACACAGCGUAGUGGACUGCAUCAGCAUAAAAUGAUUCACACAGGAGAAAAACCAUUUGCUUGUGACCAGUGUGAUAGAACAUUCAGGUGCAGAGGUGAUCUCAAUUGUCAUAAGCGUCUUCACACUGGUGUAAGACCAUUUGCCUGUGAUCAGUGCGAUAAAGUAUUCACACUGAGUACGACACUCAGUCAGCACAAACUGAUUCAUAUGGGGGAAAGACCUUAUGCCUGUGAUAUGUGUGAUAAUACAUUCACACAGAGAAGUGGCCUCUAUCAUCAUAAACGAAAGAUUCAUAAAGAAAAGUGACCAUGGGAUUGUUACUAGAUAGUCAUACUAAAUCACACAGAGUUGUGGUCUUUAUAAGCAAGAGGUUAAUUCUGGAGAAGAAAAAUUUGGCUGUGACCAGUGUGAUACAAGAUACACUCAGUAUCUGCAUAGGCCUAAUUAGAUUCAUACUAAAAAGAUCAUUUCUCUCUGACCAGUACAUGUAUGAUAAGCAUUCACAUAGAGAUGUGCCCUUCCUGGCCUAAACUUAUCGAAACAGGAGAAAGACCAUUUCUCUGUGACCCGUGUGAUAGAUCAGU